ACCGCCCGACCACAGCGACACUCCUGCUUCUACUAACUCCUCACCUACCUCAGAACAAGAAGAUAAAAGCGGCAUGGAUUCCGAUUUCGGCAUUCCCAGAGAACUUUCCGAUCUCCAGAAACUCCGAUCUCUUUACCAACCAGAACUCCCUCCCUGUCUCCAGGGAACUGCAGUGAGGGUAGAACUUGGUGAUGCAACCACUGCUGCAGACCCAGCUGAUGUCCACAGCAUAAGCCGAUCCUUUCCCCUCACUUAUGGCCAGCCUUUAGCUCACUUCCUCAGGGCAACUGCUAAAGUCUCUGAUGCUCAAAUCAUAACUUACCAUCCAGCUUUCAGGGUCGGAAUAGUUUUUUGUGGGAGACAAUCUCCUGGAGGACAUAAUGUCAUAUGGGGUCUUCACAACGCUCUUAAAGUCCAUAACCCUAACAGCACUUUACUUGGAUUUCUAGGAGGUUCUGAAGGUUUAUUCGCUCAGAAAACACUUGAAAUUACAGAUGACAUUCUUUCAACCUACAAAAAUCAAGGUGGUUAUGAUUUGCUGGGACGGACAAAAGAUGCAAGGUGGUUAUGAUUUGCUGGGACGUACAAAAGAUCAAAUAAGAACAACUGAACAGGUUAAUGCUGCUCUAACUGCAUGCAAAGAUCUGAAAUUGGAUGGCCUUGUUAUCAUUGGAGGAGUUACUUCAAAUACAGAUGCCGCUCAGCUUGCUGAAACAUUUGCCGAGGCAAAAUGCCCAACAAAGGUGGUUGGUGUUCCUGUUACUUUUAAUGGAGAUCUCAAGAAUCAAUUUGUGGAAACCAAUGUUGGUUUUGAUACAAUAUGCAAGGUCAAUUCCCAGCUCAUCAGCAAUGUCUGCACGGAUGCUCUCUCUGCAGAGAAGUAUUAUUAUUUCAUCCGGCUCAUGGGCCGAAAGGCAUCACAUGUUGCUUUGGAAUGUACACUUCAGUCUCAUCCGAACAUGGUUAUUCUUGGUGAGGAGGUGGCUGCAUCAAAGCUCACUCUUUUUGACUUGACAACACAAAUUUGUGAUGCAGUCCAAGCCCGAGCAGUGCAAGACAAGAAUCAUGGAGUCAUUCUACUGCCAGAGGGACUCAUAGAAAGCAUUCCCGAGGUCUAUGCUCUCUUGAAGGAAAUACAUGGCUUACUCAGGCAUGGUGUUGCCCCUGACAACAUUUCAUCACAGCUUUCACCAUGGACAUCUGCUUUAUUUGAAUUUUUGCCGCCAUAUAUUAAGAAGCAGCUGCUGCUUCAUCCUGAAUCAGAUGACUCGGCACAAUUAUCCCAGAUUGAAACAGAGAAACUUCUAGCUCAUCUUGUGGAGACAGAAAUGAACAAGCGGCUGAAAGGAGGCACAUACACGGGGAAAAAGUUCAAUGCUAUCUGCCACUUUUUUGGUUAUCAGGCCCGUGGGUCUUUACCAUCGAAAUUCGAUUGCGACUAUGCCUAUGUUCUUGGGCACGUCAGCUACCAUAUUUUAGCAGCUGGUAUGAAUGGUUACAUGACCACUGUAACUAACCUAAAGAAUCCUGUGAACAAGUGGCGAUGUGGUGCUGCUCCAAUUACAGCAAUGAUGACAGUGAAGCGUUGGGCUCAAAGCCCUGGUGCAUCUUCAAUUGGAAAACCUGCUAUUCAUCCUGCUACUGUGGAUUUGAAAGGCAAAGCAUAUGAGCUGCUGAGACAAAAUGCAGGAAGGUUUUGGAUGGAUGACCUGUACAGAAAUCCAGGUCCCCUUCAAUUUGAUGGUCCUGGUGCGGAUUCUAAGGCUGUAACUCUCUGUGUUGAAGACCAGGAUUAUAUGGGCGGGAUCAAGAAGCUGCAGGAAUACCUUGACAAGGUAAGAAACAUCGUGAAACCAGGGUGCUCUCAGGAAGUUCUGAAAGCUGCUUUGAGUGUCAUGUCUUCCGUGACAGAUGUUCUCUCUGUUAUGUCUUCAACUUCAUCCAAUGGCCAGACACCUCUGUAAGAGUACAGCUUAAAAUGUUCUUUCCUCGAUCCACCCCGAUGUUGCUGCUUGGUUUGACAACUACAUGCUCCCAAGUCCCAUGGGCGCACAUUGUGCCAUUUUUCAUAAUUUUUAUUUUGAAGAUUUUAAUUAGAUGGUAAUAAGCCAAUUCUUCAUCUCUUUAAUCAGCAGUAACUUUCCCACGUGAGGAUAAUGAGCAAAGAUGGAAUUUUG